AUGACAUACUCACCUCAACCAAGAUUCCAAGGCCCUCCGAGGAAGUUCGACCCUUUGCCCACUUCUAAAAGCGAGAUACUGAAGCAUCUAUUAAACAAGCAGUUAGUGGAACUCAGGCCUAUGCCACCUCCGAUUCCCGGAAAGACUAUGCCCAAUUUCAAAGCUAAUGAGAGGUGUGAAUUUCACGCCAAUUCUCCGGGGCAUACAUUGGAUAAAUGUUGGGCCUUUAGGCACAAGGUUCAGGACCUGAUAGAGUCAGGAGCAAUUGCUUUUGACAAACCUAAUGUGAAGACAAACCCUAUGCCCCGUCAUGAUGGCACAGUCAAUGCAAUAGAGGUAGUCACCGAGCAAGAGUUUGUUCAACAGCGGAGCUCCCCCAUAGAUGCCCUUAAGAGGUAUCUACUUGCAAAGGGGUUCGUCCUCGAACAUAACGAAGCCUUUAAGACAACCUUGCAAAGACUCGUGAAUCAAGGGGUAGUUCAGUUUAAAGAAUAUCCUGAGGAAGAGUAUGUGGCCAUGCUGGACAGGAAUGAACCGUUAAUGAUACCAAGACAAGGGGCAAGGAAGACGUUGAUCAUCCCUUGCGCCAAAGCCACACUGCUGAUACCCGCACAAGUACACACUAGGAUUAUCCCAGUCAGGGAUCCAUAUCCUGUGGACAAGAUGAAAGCAGUUCCAUGGGAAUAUGAGUCUAAUGCUAGUACCGAUGUGACAAACAUCGUCGGGCCUGGGGGUAUGACUCGUAGCGGUCGCAUAUUCAAUACUGCUAAAUCAAAAGAGAAUUUAGCACAAGCAAAUGAUCAAGCUACUGUGGCCCCUACUGAAAGAAGCACACCCAUAGACACGGAGAUCACUAACAAAGAUGCCGAAGAAUUCUUGGCAUUAAUCAAGAAAAGUGAUUAUAAGGUAGUGGAUCAGUUACACCAAACUCCAUCCAGGAUAUCACUCCUCUCGCUGUUAAUCCAUUCAGAAAAACAUCGAGACACCCUGAUGAAGAUCUUGAGUGCUGCCCAUGUAACCAAAGACAUCACUGUAAAUCAAUUUGAUGGAAUGGUGGCUAAUAUUACUGCUGGGGCAUGCUUAAGCUUCAGUGAACACGAGUUGCCCUCACAAGGGAAAGAGCAUAACAAAGCCCUGCAUAUCUCCAUACAAUGUGGGAAAGUUCAUCUGUCUAGAGUGCUGAUCGACACGGGAUCGUCAUUAAAUGUGAUGCCAAAGGCCACCUUAGACAAGAUAGAUUUGGAAGGACUGGUAAUAAGACCAAGCCGUCUGGUGGUCAAAGCCUUUGAUGGGUCGUAA